AUGACUCCCACUCCUUUCGAAGAAUAUGCAGCGCUCAUGAACCGUAAUGGCGACGGUUACUAUUUGUAUAAACCCCAGCCAUACGCUGAGAUUCACCCGGGUGUGAUCGGCUUCUUCGACCGACAUGGAGGCUGGACUACAAUCACCGAUCUUUCCAUUCCGGGCCGUGUUGAGAAAGACGGAUAUACUAGCCUGGGUGUUGCCUGGGAUAGUCAUGACCCCUCAGAGGCGGAUUGGAACACGCGAGCUUCAUCAAGUGAGGCCGAGCACAGCUUCGGUGUGAACGGAGGUCUUUCUGGCGCUUUGAGUGCCGCACCAGUCGAUGUUUCAGCUGAAGCAAAGAACAAGUGGGGACAGACUGGAAAGGCGGCAUUGAUCGCCGAACAUGCCGUGAUCAAUGAGAAGUUCCGUGGAGCUUGGAAUACUCCCAUCACGAAUUGGGUGAAGGCCAAUGCCAAAGCUCUCGUGAACUCCGCUUGGAAAGGAGAUAUCAAGGAACAUGGACUCUGGGCUGUGAACAAGACCUGGUCAACCCAGGAGUGCAAGAUCACCAUGGACAGUGCUCACCAUCGGGACACCAGUGCAGGAUUUAAGGCUGGAGCUACUGGUGUCGCAGAGGGUGGACUCGAAGGCUCGUCAGCAGUCAAAGGCGACAGCUCAGGUUGGACAACCUUCAAAGCAUCUGAGAACGAUAAGGGACUCGUUGUCUCCUAUGGCGGAAAUGGGUUCAGGCUGUCGAGUUUCACCAAGUUAUUCACCAAAGCACUCCUCAAGCAAACCCAAUCGAGGGCUGCACCUGCUGCCGAGGAAAUGAGACCCGUCUUCGACGAGAACGGAGUUCAAAUUGCACUCGUCCGUUUCCGAGCUGUGUAUGAUGAAAACGGAGUAGAGACUGGAUGGGAAAGGGUCGAUGAAGAGGCUGAGAAGAGGAAGAAGGAAGAAGCAGACAAAAAGCUGAUAGAAGAUGGAGACGCCGAAGAAGCUGUGGAGAUUGAGCUCGGUGACUCCAUUGGACAGACCGAAGAGGACCUGGAGGCAGAAAAGCAGGCAGAAGCCCAGAAGGCAACAGAUCGUAAGGAGCUAGAUGAGAGAAUCGCUGCGGUGAUGGCCCAGGAUUUGCCUGCUGAGGAGAAGAGCCUCGCGUUGCAGAAGUUGUUUACUACUACGGAGAUUUCGAUCUCAUAG